CAGCAAAAUUGACAACAAUGGAUGGAACUUGACAAAGAGAGGUGGAAAAUUGGAAUGAAUCUUACAAUGUAUUUCCUAGCAGUUUUCUUAACAAUCUUUGUUCAUCUGAAAGAAACUAGUUUUGGACAAGUUGUUGGAAAUGGUAUGGACCUGGACGUAAACAAAUUCUUUCCCCAUCUCCUGGAGAAUUCCAUGCACGCCGUUAACCCUAUGGUCGCCAACAGUGGGGGACUAGGAAAGGAGUGCUUAGGAACGGGAAAUAGCUUUUACGGGAAUAUUCCUAUGGGAAAUCCAAUGCAAACUGGGUUCAUAGCAAAUGAGCAUUGUCCUUGUCAGAUUCAUAUUAACUCUCUGGGAUGUUAUGUCUGUAGCUGUAACUCAGAUUCACCACAGACUAACCUCAAGAUACCGACACCAAACACCCCAGGGUUAAACAUGCAGUUCCAGUAUCCCAAUGGACAGGAGUAUAUCACCAUGAGACCCACGAAAAACAUAGGAUUGGAAAAGGCUAAAGCAACAUUGUUACCAACCACGAGAAACCAACCGAACACGUACAUUUCAACUACCUCAAAAACGGAUCAAGGUGACGUCAUACGAUCAACUACCUCUCUGUUGAAAACUUUAAACUCGACAACUGAAAUAAUUUAUAAGGAUGGGACGAAGUCAGUUAUUAGAUAUGCUGAGAUAACAUCAACCAUGGGGCUGGGAAAUCUUUCCAGAUCAAGUUUAGACAAAGUAGCAAAUGAAACGUCUUUUCCAGAGAGAUACAUGGCUAUCUUUGUGGGACUUGGGACGGUUUUGUGUUUAUUUCUUGUUCUCGUUGUGAUUUUCGUCUUCAAGUGGCGAUCAACGACAAAGGAGCUUCGUAGACAACAGAGUGAGUUGUACUUUGUAGAGAAAAUCAAUCGCCAAAGCUCGGUGGUUUCUGAACUUACGCUUCAACUUGAGAGGGAGAAAAGAACCUCGUUAUAUUCUGUUGUGGAGUAUGAUAUGGAGUCCACAUCCCCAAAACUGGACGUCCUUUUGACUCCAACGGCCCCGCCAUUAACUCCAGGACAAAAACAACAAACGGCAUUUCGGUACCCCACGGAUGAUAGCAAACACGACUAUCUUGAGCUGAUCUAAAUGUACAUUGUUUAUUUAAUAUACAUGAAGUGUGCAGUUGCCACUGUGCAAACGUUAGACAUUAUUAUAUGAAAGAUUAUUUAUAUAACUGAUAUUAAACAUUUGGUUCAUGUUGAAAAAUAAAUCCGUA